GUCAGGGACGCCGGGGCGGAGCUUGGAAAGCGGCUCCGCCCACCCCGUGUCCCCAAGGAAGAGCUCGGCGGUCGGCCUUGGGAACUACAAUUCCCAGGAAGCCGUACGGCAGGAGCUUCGGUGGCGCCUGCGCAAACGUCAACGGCGGCAGGAGCGUCGGGGGAGUGUCCUGGGCACCGAUUGGUCGGGAGUGAGAGCCGUUUCGGGGCCCGCGGAAAACGCGCGCCUGGACCUGAGCCUGCAGACCUCGUUCUUGCUGCUGGUGGCGGCUGCAGAGGCGGCAUGGAUCUUGGCGAGCUGGACGGAGACAGUACGGGCCGCUGUCGCCUGAACUCGCCUGUGCCCGCGGUGUGCCGCAAGGAGCCCUGCGUCCUGGGCGUCGAUGAAGCGGGCCGGGGCCCGGUGCUGGGCCCCAUGGUCUACGCCAUCUGUUAUUGCCCCCUCUCACGCCUGGCGCAUCUGGAGGCCCUGAAAGUGGCAGACUCAAAGACCCUAUCGGAGAGCGAGCGGGACAGGCUCUUUGUGAAAAUGGAGGAGGACAGGGACUUUGUGGGCUGGGCAUUGGACGUGCUGUCUCCAAACCUCAUCUCUACCAGCAUGCUUGGGCGGGUCAAGUACAACCUGAAUUCCCUAUCCCAUGAUACAGCCACUGGGCUGGUGCAAUAUGCCUUGGAUCAGGGUGUGAACGUUGCCCAGGUAUUUGUGGACACUGUGGGGCCACCAGAGACUUACCAGGCGCGGCUGCAGGAGCGGUUUCCCGGCAUUGAGGUGACAGUCAAGGCCAAGGCAGAUGCCCUCUACCCUGUGGUCAGCGCUGCCAGUAUCUGUGCCAAGGUGGCCCGUGACCAGGCUGUAAAGAACUGGCACUUCGUGGAAAAACUGCAGGACCUGGAUGCUGAUUAUGGCUCUGGUUACCCCAAUGAUCCCAAGACAAAAGCGUGGUUGAGGAAGCACGUGGAGCCUGUGUUCGGCUUCCCCCAGUUUGUCCGGUUCAGCUGGCGCACGGCCCAGAGCAUCCUGGAGAAGGAGGCAGAAGGUGUUCUGUGGGAGGACUCGCCGACAGGGGAUCAGGAGGGAUCUGGGAGGAUCAUGUCCUACUUCAGCAAAGGCCCCCGAACCCAUCCCCACCUCCCGCACCGGUACUUCCAGGAGCGAGGCCUGGAGUCAGCCACCACCUUCUAGGAGCCAGCCUGUUCUCCCUUUAUGUGCCUCCCUCACCCCCCCCCCCGCCCCCCUUUUGUGA